AUGGCAGCACGGAAGCCAAUCUUCAAUCAGCAAGUCCUAAUCGACACCACGCCCUUGCCCGACUCCAUUCCCAAGGUCAAAGAGCUUGGUGCCAGCUCGGCCCCGCUACUAUCGGCCUCUUUCUUCAUCGGUGCGCGAUGCCGCGACUACAACGAUGACUACAUGCAAUGCAAGAACGAGAACCCUGGGAAGGGCGAAUUCGAAUGCCUGAAGGAGGGCCGGAGAGUCACCAGAUGCGCAAGGAGCGUGAUUGAGGACAUCAACAAGUCUUGCCUGGAGGAGUUCCGCAGCCACUGGCAGUGCCUGGACAACAAUAACCACCAAAUGUGGCAGUGCCGGCCUGUGGAGUGGAAGCUUAACAAAUGCGUCUUCGAGAACCUGAAACUGGAGAAGGUCAUACCCGAGCAGCCGAAGCAGUCGACACCGGUGCAUUUGAGGAAGACGCAGCUCUACGCCCACUAUCCGAUCCUGCGAGGGAACGAGCCCUUCGUGCCGGAGAAGUCGCAAACCCCUUCGUCAUGA